GGUAGGGCUCCGGCGGGUCAAAGCUUCGCGCCCCUCCCCACCUCCGGUUGCCUCUGGCUUUUCCCGGCCGCCCACCGCCCAAACUUCUUCAUGUAUAACGUUCCUCCUAGUCGGCUAGAGGAGGCUCAGACUGCCCUCCUUCUAGGACCCCAGAGCUGCCCCAGGCUCCUGAUGCCCUCUCCUCUUGCAGGGCUGCCUCCUCCCCACUCACUCUUUCGGCGUCUCUGCUCCGGACCCAGCCUCAUCCUGAUCUCCAUCGGCCUUAGCCUCCUGCUGCUGGUGGUCGUCUGUGUGAUCGGAUCCCAGAACUCCAAGCUGCAGGAGGAGCUGCGGGCCCUGAGAGAAACGUUCAGCAACCUCACAGUGAGCACGGAGGCCAAGGUCAAGGCCCUGAGCGUCCAGGGAGGAAAUGUGGGCAGAAAGAUGAAGUCCCUGGAGUCCCAACUGGAGAAACAGCAGCAGGACCUGAGUGAAGAUCACUCCAGCUUGCUGCUCCACGUGAAGCAGUUUGUGUCUGACCUGCGAAGCCUGAGCUGUCAGAUGGCCGUCCUCCAGGGCAACGGCUCUGAAAGGACCUGCUGCCCGGUGAACUGGGUGGACUUUGAAGGCAAAUGCUACUGGUUCUCUCGCUCGGGGAAGCCCUGGCCCGAGGCUGAGAAGUACUGCCAGCUGGAGGACGCCCACCUGGUGGUGGUGGGCUCCUGGGAGGAGCAGAAAUUUAUCCAGCACCACAUGGGCCCUGUGAACACCUGGAUGGGCCUCACUGACCAAAACGGGCCCUGGAAAUGGGUGGACGGGACAGACUAUGAGUCGGGCUUCAAGAACUGGAGACCAGAGCAGCCGGACGACUGGUAUGGGCACGGGCUCGGAGGAGGUGAGGACUGUGCCCACUUCACGGACGACGGCCGCUGGAACGAUGACGUCUGUCAGAGGCCCUACCGCCAUGCCCCCAGGAACAGAACCACCCCAGUGUGAACAGAAGCAGCAUCCACAGUUAGGGAACAAAUAUAACAAAUGCAAAGGUGAACCCACAACCCAGAAUCACCAACAUGGGAGGAAAACCAAUACCAUGGAAGAGAAAACCACAGCAAAUAGAAUCCACAACCCAGAUGGGAGUUAACAGGACAAACAGAUGAAGACUUUAUGGACGCUUAUGGGUUUAUCAACCAAAAUGGACAAAUUAACCCACAGAUGAGACCUCCACUAAUUCUAAAAAGGAUCAGUGCUCUGACCACAAUAAAAUCAAGUUAGAAAUAAACACAAAAGUAUAGCUAAAAAAGAUCUGUCAACAUAUACAUGACUCACCAUCUUUCUAGAUAACUUGAGUUUAAAAAAAAUAAAAAUGAAACAGUCAAGUGGUUUAGAAGUGAACAAGGAGAACACUACAGACUGAGAUUGUGCGACGGUAUAAAGCAAUUCCCCAGAGGAAAAGUAUAUAGCCUUAAGCACACUUAUUAAAAAAAAUAGGAAAGGCUGAAUGGAAAUAAGCUUAUUUUUAACUUAAGACACUUGAAAAAAGCAAAACUUAAUGCACUAGAAAAUAAAAAUGUAGAUAUCAUCAGUAAAAACAAAAUCUGAUUCUUGGAAAAGGUAAAUAACAAAUAUGAAGGAGAAUAAAGGAAAUACAGGUACAUGAUUUUAGAAAGGAAAAAGGUUACAGAAGAACAGAUAUGGAGGAUAUAAUUACGUAACACUCUCUGAUUUGAAACAGCAGAGUACAGACAGUUUCUCCUACCAUUGUUGUAAUUCUUAGGUUAAUCCCUUAGAAACAGAGCUUUUAACUUCCAAAUUUAUAAAGGGGAAAAAAUGAAGAAAAAACAUUCUAAAGGGUGGCAGGAAAGGAGAGAAAAACAGAACAGGUAGAUAAGAAAAAUCAAAAUAAAGAGUUAUGAAUCCAAAUAUGUUGAUGAUUAUAUUAAAUACAAAAGACUAAAUAAUCUGUCAUCUAUCUAUCUAUCUACCUCUUUAUUUAUUUAUUUUGGCUGCACUGUGCGGCUUGCGGGAAUCUUAGUUCCCUGACCAGGGAUUGAACCUCGGGUCACUACAGUGAAAGCACCAAGUCCUAACCACUGGACUGCCAGGGAAUUCCCUAAAUUAUGUUUUUAAAAGACAUGAACUUACAGACAGAAUGAAAGGUAAAGUCCAACCACAUGCCCAAGAGACACAUCUAAAGAGAGAGGUUGAAAGCGAAAGUAUGAGAAAGAUAUGUUAGGAAAAUUCUAACCAAAUAAUUAUCUUAUUUUUAAAAAUUAAUUUAUUUGGUUGUGCCAGGUCUUAGUUGUGGCAUGCAUGUGGGAUCUAGUUCCUUGACCAGGGAUCGAACCCAGGACCCCUACAUUGGGAGCGUGGAGUCUUAACCACCGGACCACCAAAGAAGUCCCCAGAUAAUUUUCUUAUAAAGUACACUUUAUAACAAAAAUUAUUAUUCGAGAUAAAGUGGGUCAUUUCCUAAUGAUAAAAGGUUUAGUUCAACAGGAAAAUACACCAAUGUUAACUAUAUGUGCACAGAAUAACAUGGCCACAAAAUACAUGAAAUAAAAAAUCUGGAAGUACAAAAAGACAAAUCUAUAUUCAUAGUAGGAGAUUGGAAUGCACCUCUGUUGGUAAUUGAUGUAUCAAGCAGACUGAAAAAUCACUAAGUAUACAGAUGUUUUGAAUGCCAGGUUGAAGUAUAAUGAUCCAAUGGACACAUUUAGUAUAGUGUACUCACCAGCUACAGAAUACUCAUUCUUUUCAAGUAUACUGGUACAUUUUUUAAAAAAUUGAGCAAAUACUGGGCCAUAAGGCAGGUUUUUUUAAAAAAUAAAUUUAUU